GCAGGGGCGGGGCCCGACGGGUCAAAUGGCCCUCCGGGUGAGGGUGGGGGCGAGGCGUUUCCUCUUGGCUUGAACUUGGCUGACCCCCGCAGCUUCCUUCUUGCUUAUUGUGAGCUUCCAUCCUAAGGGAGAAUCCUUGGGAGUACUGCCUGAAGCCGACCUCUGGUGGCUAUCUUAACCCCAGGAGCACCCUCCAAUGAUGGCGACACCCUCAGGAAGUUUGGUUCAUCAGGAGGCCAGCCCUGCAGCCCCGGACUAUCAGGGCAUCCUGGAUCAGCUCAAGAAGCAGUUCCCUAGGUUCCCCCCUCACUUGCCCGAACAGGUGGAGAGCAUUUACUUCUUGCUCCAGAAGGUUCGACAGGGUCUACAGGAACAUCACAGGCAGGUAGAAAAUUUCCUACAGAUCCUGGAGACCUGCAGCCAACCCCUGGGCUUCCAGGCUGGGGAGCAGGCUGAGCAGGACUCCCAGAGACCCGCCAGCCCCGUGGCUUCCCAGCACCCAGAGGUCAAGCCCCCACGGCCCUCCAGUCUUCAGGGGCAGAACUUCAAAGACGUCAUGGCCACAAGGUCAUCUGAUUGGCUCCAGCGGCCCUCUGGAGUGGACAGGCCCCCAGCCCAGCAGGCAGACGUGUGGCUGCCCUGGGACUCUGAGCCCCAGCUUUGGCAGGAUGUUCUGACCCAGCAACUUUGGCAGAUUUUUGCUGGGACCCACGAUAAGGCGGACCAACUGAGACGCAGAUUGCCAGAACAGGUGCCAGACCUGGAAAGCCAGGACCCAGAACCAGGCUACUUUGGAGCAGAACCCUAUACCGAAGAUACUUUGGGUUCCCAAGAAGGGAGCACAGAACCAGACAUGGCACCAGGGAUGAUGCUCUCCUGCAUGGCCCAGGAGCCUUCUGGGAGAGACUGUUCCUUUCUGAAGCCCAUAUGCUGGGACCCUGAGGACUUCGAAGACACAUGGAAGGGGCCAGACGCCUUGCCCUGGCGGUCCAAGAAGGUGGCCGUCCCACACCGAAUGGAGAAGAGGCGGACGCUAAACCACGGGGAGCUCGUGCUGGCCACGGCAGUCAGCAGCUUCACGCGGCACGUGUUCACCUGCAGCAGGGGUGGCAUCAAGGUGUGGAGCCUGGUCCGCCAGGUGGUGGAGGACAGGCUUCCUGACAGCCACCUGCGCGUGCAGGCCCGCAGGGCCUACCUGCGCACCUGCCUGCUGUUCCCCAACAGCACCGCCCUGUUGACGGGUGGCCACAACUUACCCGGUGUGAGCGUGUGGGACCUGAUGGCACCCUCCCUGCACGUAAGAGAUGAGCUGCCCUCUGCAAGUCUCACCUGUCAGUCCUUGGCUGCCACCCUGGAGGACAGCCUAGCCUUUGCCAGUUUCACUGAUGGCAUCGUCAGGAUCUGGGACCUGCGGGAUCAGAGCGUGGUUAGGGACCUGCUAGUCCCCCCAAAUGGAGCAAGGAGCAUCGCUGUCAAAAACCGGAAGGUCUGGGUUGGGGGGAUGGAUGCCUGUCUGCGGUGCUGGGACCUGAGGACCACCAAGGAGCCCCUGGAAUACCAAUUUGAGUCUCAGAUAAUAAGCCUGUCCCCCAGCCCCCAGGAGGACUGGGUUCUGGUGGGCACAGGUAAUGGCCAGCAGUGGCUACAGCCCACCCUCGGGGGCCAGAAACACAUGGUGGGCUGUAAGAACAACACUAUCCUCGGUCUCAAGUUCUCCCCUCUCGGCCAGUGGUGGGUGAGCGUCGGGAUGGACAACCUGGUUAGCAUUUACAGCAUGCCCACAGGAGCCAUGGUGUUCCAGGUACCUGAGACCACCUCUGUCAUGUGCUGUGAUGUGUCCCUUAACAACCGUCUGAUUGUCACAGGGUCCAGGGACCACGCUUCCGUGUACCAGAUCACGUACUAAGGGGCUCACUACUGUCAUCUCAACUCAGGGUCCUUUUCCUCCCGUGAGGGGUCGUGGUGCAGGGGCAUGAUGGGCGGCUGGUGGUCUCUGUCACGUGUAAUAAAGCAAUGGA